UUGCUUUUCCCCAGGUCCAUUAUGUCUCUUGUUUUGUUUCCGACUGGAUGUUUUACGCGGCUGACGGUUUCCGCUUUGUGAACAAGGAAGUGUUUUUUUAGAAACUCAUAUAAUAGUUUGUAAAUAAUAAUCAAAAACGGCUAUGUUUAUGUUUUGAGACCGAGAAGAAGUAAUCAGUUUCGUCAGGACACGUAUGAUGGAUGCAGUCAUAACCCGGGCAUGUCACAGCAUGUUGUAGAGGAGGGAUCCCCAAAGAGUUGCAAGACACUGACGAGUUGGCUGGUUGCUUUGAGUUUUUUUUAGCUUUUACAAUGGAGGGAACCUCAAAAAGCGAAUCUGCUGCUCCCCAGAGCUCUGUCGCUGCUCAAGUUCCAUUUCUUCACCUGUGCACUACGCUUGAAAAAAUACAGAAGACCAAACUCCGACCAGACAAAUCAAAGUUUCUCCGUGACUUCAUAGACUCCUGGAGGAAAUUCCAUGCGGCCCUCCACAAAGACAACCCUACCACCACAGACUCUUUCUACCCGGCCAUGCGUCUCAUAGUCCCCUCGUUCGAAAGGGAGCGUGUGGCCUAUGGCAUUAAAGAGAGUAUGUUAGCCAAGCUCUACAUAGACGUCUUGGGUCUCCCCAAGAAUGGACCGGAAGCCAACAAACUGUUGAAUUACCGCACCCCCACCACAUCUCAGGGGGAGGCAGGAGAUUUCGCUCUUAUGACCUACUUUGUGUUGAAGAAACGCUGCACAAGCCAGGGAAACCUCACCAUCAGAGAAGUCAACGACUUUCUGGACUCUGUGGCCAUCAACAAUGCUGGUAAGCAGAAGGACCUGGUGAAGAAGAGCCUGCUGCACCUUAUCACCCAGAGCACGGCACUGGAGCAGAAGUGGCUUAUCCGCAUGAUCUUGAAGGACAUGAAGCUGGGGGUCAGCAAAGAGACCGUGCUCCAGGUGUUCCACUUAGAUGCGGCCGAGCUCUAUAACGUCACCACAGACCUAAACAAGGUGUGCCGGCAGCUCCACGACCCCUUUGUGUCCCUCAGCGAAGUGUCCAUUGGCCUGUUCUUUGCCUUCAAACCUAUGCUGGCCGCCGUGGCCAACAUGCGCCAGGUGGAGAAGCAGAUGGGCAACAGCACCUUCUUCAUAGAGACCAAGCUGGAUGGAGAGCGCAUCCAGCUGCACAAGGAUGGCGACGUCUACAAGUACUUCACACGGAACUCCUUCGAGUACACCCAGCAGUUUGGUGCAUCGCCGCUAGAGGGCUCCCUGACGCCUUUCAUCCACAAUGUCUUCAAGCCCCAUGUAGUCAAAUGCAUCCUGGAUGGGGAGAUGAUGGCGUACAACCCCACUACCGACACCUUCAUGCAAAAAGGAAGCAAGUUUGACAUCAAGAGGCUAGUGGAUGACUCCGAGCUGCAGACGUGCUUUUGCGUUUUCGAUGUACUUCUUGUGAACGACCACAAGUUUGGCAACGAGACGUUGAAGGUGCGCCACGACAACCUUCAGACUGUCCUCACUCCUGUUAAAGGGAGGAUACACGUGGUGCCGAAAACGGAGGCCAAAACUAUGCAAGAGGUGGUAAACGCCCUCAACGAAGCCAUUGACAACAGGGAAGAGGGCAUCAUGGUGAAAGAUCCCUCAUCCGUCUACAAGCCCGAUAAGCGAGGUGAGGGCUGGCUCAAGAUAAAGCCGGAGUACGUUGAUGGCUUGAUGGAUGAGCUCGACCUGUUGAUUGUCGGAGGCUACUGGGGAAAAGGAAGGCGAGGUGGCAUGAUGUCUCAUUUCCUCGUCGCGGUGGCCGAAGCUCCGAAGCCUGGAGAGAAACCCUCCGUUUUCCACACGCUCUGUCGCAUCGGUUCCGGCUACACCAUGAAGGAGCUGUAUGACUUGGGGUUGAAGCUGGCCAAGCACUGGAAAGUCUACCGGAAGAACGACCCUCCGGCCUCUAUUCUGUGUGGGACGGAGAGACCAGAAGUCUACAUUGACCCGUGCAACUCGGUCAUCAUCCAGGUGAAGGCAGCAGAAAUAGUCAGUAGUGAGAUGUACAAAACCAACUGCACGCUACGCUUCCCCAGGAUCGAGAAGAUCCGGGAGGACAAAGAGUGGCACCAGUGCAUGACCCUAGCUGAGCUCGAUCAGUUUCGCAACAAGGCGUCCGGGAAGUUGUUCUCGCGCCACCUCCGCAUCAAUGACGAGCCUGAAAAGAAGAAGCGCAAGUUGCCGGCAGCGGCCAAGCCCAAGAAAGCUGUCGGCGUCAUCGACCACUUCAAGUCCCAGGACCUAUCUGGCGUUACCAAGGAGACGGACAUGUUCGAGGACGUGGAGUUCUGCGUUAUGAAUGGCAAUGAGGCGCACCCCAAGGCGGAGCUGGAGAAAGCAGUGGCCCGAUGUGGCGGUAUUGUAGUCCAGAACCCGGGACCGGACACCUACUGUGUGAUCGCCGCUGUGGAGAACAUGCGCGUGAAGAACCUGAUCUCUUCAGACCAGCACGACGUAGUGUGGGCUGCCUGGCUGCUGGAGUGCCUAGACAGGAAGCAGGUGGUGCCAUGGCAACCGCGUCACAUGAUACACAUUUCACCCUCCACCAAGGAGCACUUUGCCAAGGAAUACGACUGCUACGGAGACAGCUACUUUGUGGACACGGACGAGCAGCAGCUGAGGGAAGUCUUUGGUCGGAUUGGUAGAGUGGACACUUUGACGGCACAGUGCAUCGCUAAGUUGGAGGAACGCUUCAGCUGGGAUGACCUCCCCACUAGCAUGUUCAGACCUUUCAGGGUCUACAUGGACAGAUACGCAGACAUAGGAGACCCUAAAAGCAUCGUACCGGCAACUUGUCUGGACACGCGGGCUCUGGAAUUCCGCUUCCACGGAGGGACAGUAGUGCAGAAGCUUGAGGAAGGGGUCUCUCAUGUCAUAGUGGUGGAGGAAACAAGAGUGUUGGCUUUAAGAACCCUCAGACGACUCUUUACCAAAAAGUUUAAGAUUGUUAGAGAGUCAUGGGUAACAGAAUCUAUCAGCGCAGGGUUUUUGCGGAAUGACAAUGACUACCUAGUGUAAUGCAAGCACUGGACAAUAAGCACGUUAUGAUUGACAUAUCUCUGGGAUUGUAAUAUUUUGUUUUAAUCCAUUUUAGAGUGUAAAUAAAUGUUUGUUUUAAAGGAUUUUCUGAAUCAGAAGGUAACGUUAUCCAGUGUUUUUCUACACAUUUCAAUAUGGAUAUAGUGUAGGCCUAUAUGUAAUGGUGUAUCUACUUUAAUUGAGGUAAGUAAGCUAUUUUAAUGUCCUUACCAAUGCAGACUAUUGUGUUGAGAUAUUUGAGACUGUCAAUCCCAUCAUUUCCCAAACUGGCAGCGAGACACCAAAGGGUGAACGUUUUGGUUUUUGCCUUAACACUACACAGCUUGAUGAUUAGUUGAUUAUUUGAAUCAGCUGUGUAGUGCUAGGGCAAAAACUAAAACGUCUUACCCUUGGGGUCCCGAGGCUGAGGUUGGGAAACCCUGGUCUAUCCACUAAACUAUUUGUUUAAUUUAAUGCAAAUUAUAUUAUACUGUAUGUUUUUCUUUUAAUCUUUACAAUUCUCAUGUUUUGGAACUAAAAUAAAUAUUUUGAAUAAAUAUGGGAA